AAAUCGUCCACCACCAGCCAGCCAUUACCGUCUCGCUUCACCAGGCGAUAGCGCUUCUCCAGGCGAACCUCUAGGGUUCGUCACGAUCCCCGUCGCCGCCCGCCGGAUUCGACCGCCGGCGACCCCCGUCGGAUUCCCGCCCGACGCCGGCGCUGCUCCUCCUCCCUCCCGUAACCCGGCGCUCCGCCUCCGCGUCUACCAGACGCAGCCCCCGUCGACCAGCAGCAGAUCCGCCGCCUCGAAUCCCAAGACGCGCGAGCCAGCUCGAUGGGCAAGUCGGAGCCGGAGUGCGUCAACUCGUCGAACCCGGCCCACGAGUGCAACGACUACUGCCUCCACAAGAUCGCCGAGGCCAAGCGCCGCCUCCUCGAAGAAGCCCCCGACUCGUGGACGCGGGCCCCGGAGGACCGCACCGUGCACCCUGACUGCAUCAACGCCUCCAACCCCUACCACGACUGCUCCGAGUACUGCUUUAAGAAGAUUGCCAACGCCAACGCAGCGGCGGAGCGUGGGGAGCCAGAGAAGCCUGCUGGAGGUUCUGGCAAAUCGGAAGUCGCUCCGGAGCAGGCCGAUGGUGAUGAUGAUUCUGGGCGGCAGGAGGACGCUGCCGUCGCAGAUGACGGUUACCCGCAGAUGACCGAAAAGCAGAAGAAGUUGUUUGAGCUGCAGCUUAAGAUGAAUGAAGCUAGGAAGGCGAAUCAGCAGGCGAUGGUUGCGGAGAAGAAGAGGAUGGAGCCCCGCGGUGAGAGCAGAGGUGUAUCCAAGGAGAAGUGGUUGGAAGACAGGAAAAAGAAGAUCGGGAAGCUGCUUGAUUCGAAUGGCCUGGACAUGUCGAAGUCUUACAUGCUUGAUACACAGGAUAUGGCAGAAGCAAAAUACAAGAAGUGGGAGAAGGAACCUGCACCACAUGGCUGGGAUGUUUUCAACCAGAAAACCUUGUAUGAUGCAUACAAGAAGAGGACCAAAAACAUAGAAGUCGACAUGGAUGCAUACAAUAGAGCAAAAGACACCGAUCCUGAAUUCUACCGUGAGGCUUCAAGUCUUCAAUAUGGGAAGGUGUCUAGGGUGGCGGAACCAAACAUCGACCGAAUGGUUAAUGAGCUCAAGGAGCGGGACGAGAAGCGGAAGGCCUUCAGCAGGAGGCGCAAGUUCAACGAAGACAAGGACGUUGACUCGAUCAACGACCGGAACGAGCACUUCAACAAGAAGAUCGAGAGGGCCUUUGGCAAAUACACGCUCGAAAUCAAGAACAAUUUGGAAAGGGGGACCGCCUUGCCAGAUUAAUGUUCUUGUGGCCUUGCUGUUCCCCCCCUGGUUUCUUUGCUUGUAACAUGUGUUCAGAAUUUAUUUUCUGAAGUUUAAGAAAGUGAAACCUGGAUGUAAUGUAAUGAUGUUGCUGUAACUGAUAACAUGUACAAACAGUUCUGUAUCCAAAGCGAGCUUUUGCCUCCA